AUGGCCGCGAGGCUUUCCUCCGAACGGCCCGCCUCGCCGCACGACAUCAGUUUCCCGACAUCACAAGACGUCACCCCUCAGCAUGCGCGUCCCGCUAGUAUUGUGUCCUCGCGAAUGACUGAUGUCGGUAGUGACGAUGGCCGAUCAUCUGUCAAGGAAUCCAAGAACCGCACCGGCAGAACUGGCGCCUCACGAAGCAAAUGUCCGCCGAUGACUCGCCAACAGAACCAGUCUGGCAAGACUGGACCGACCGCUCCUGCGCCCUCCACCAAUCGAAGCCAUGUUCCCUCGCUUACUUCAAAUGCGUUUUUUCGACCCAUGAGCUCGCAGAAGCUGCAAGCGCAGCGAGCCGCUGCUGCUCGUCCUGCCGCCACUCUCCAACGUCCUGCUGAACUUGAGAACUUGGACGACGGCAUGACAGAUGCCGGCGCUUCUACCAUCGGAAACUCUGCAGCUCAUCGCAAAACACCGUCCGACGUCCGUCCGCAUUCCCGCGGUACGGAAAUGGCAGAUCAGGAAACCCUUGAUCGCUUGACUGCCAACGCCAGCCCUACCACGGGUCAUUUUCCAACCGAUAGCUUGACCGACAGCAUGCGGCCGCUUAAGCAGCGACCGAACAGCACGCAUGAACAGCCAACCUCUCCUGUAGCAGAAAAGUCUUCUCGUUCCUUUCGUUCUAGUUUCCGUUUGGGCCGCAGAAGUGAUGUCGACGCGGGCCGUCACCGCGGCACCAAUGGCGCCGAGAAGCUGUAUUCUAACGCUUCUUCUCCCCGGCUACGUCCAGUGGACUCACAGGGUCGGCCUGUGACGAGUGCCACGACAAAGACGGAACGCGACCACGGCAAACUUGGCUGGGUAUACCAAUACUUUGAGGGCAACACUGUCUUCUGCCUCGGCGGCAGGUGGCAGAAUACCAGACACAGGCCCAUGAAUAUCGCUACUGGCAUCUUCGUUCUCAUUCCUUGCAUUCUCUUUUUUGUCUCUGAAGCCUCAUGGCUCUGGCACAACAUCUCUCCGGCGCUGCCCAUCGUUUGCGCAUACCUCAGUUUCAUCUGCUUCUCUUCAUUUGUUCACGCAUCCGUCUCGGAUCCAGGCAUAUUGCCGCGAAACCUCCACCAAUUCCCUCCUCUGGGAGACAAUGACGAUCCCCUGCAGCUGGGACCGCCCACAAACGACUGGACGCUAGUCAAGUCGGCCGAACCGUCGGCCGCAGCCAUGGAAGUUCCAGUGAAGCACUGCCGCACCUGCAAUAUCUGGCGCCCGCCUCGUGCUCAUCACUGCCGACUAUGUGACAACUGUAUCGAGACACACGAUCACCACUGCGUGUGGCUCAAUAAUUGCGUUGGCAAGCGCAACUACAAGUACUUUUUCGCCUUCAUCACGAGCGGAACCCUUCUUUCGUUAUUCCUUAUCGGCACCAGCCUGGCUCAGAUUCUUAUCUACCGCAGUCGCCAGGGUAUCAGUUUCGGCCAAGCUAUUGACCACUUUAGAGCCCCCUUUGCUCUGGUCAUCAUCGCGGCUUUGGCAUUUUGCUACCCCUUUGCAUUGCUGGUCUACCACGUCUUUUGGAUCGCUCGAGGCGAGACCACAAGAGAAUAUGUCAACUCUCACAAAUUUGACAAGAAGGAGCGCUACCGCCCUUUUAGCCAGGGCAAUCUUUUCAAGAAUUUCAUCGCAGUGCUUUGCCGCCCGCGGGGCCCAAGUUACUACACAUUCAAGGGCAACUAUCAAUACGGCGACCAGCGCCUAGGUCUGCGUCGCGAUUUGCGCCCCCGUCAAAAUUCGCAGGGAAUGGAGCUCGGCAAUGUCCAAGGCGCCACGCAGGGCUUCCAGGGACCGGUUGCUCUCCGCGGCGAGAGCCGUCAAUAA